AUGAUUACAUAUGCUGACCUGCAGAAGCAGAUGUUGGCAAUGAAAUCAAAGCCAUAUCAGGAUCGUCUAAAGAUGGACGCUCUGUACUUCUUAGCCAGUAUCCUCAUCGGAGGCCGAAAGAGUGGAGAGGGAGCAUCACUUAUGGACAGUUUCUUCCAAACUGUUGUUGAUGACCUAGAUGCGUGUAUAAAGUUCCCUUGGGGGCGGUAUGCAUUCCAACAUAACUUGAAGGAUGUCUCUAGCUUCUUGGAGAAAUGCGACACGGUUGUGCCAACGAGUUGGUUGUUGGCGCUUGAGGCAAUUCCAAGCUUGAGGAACCAUUUCCGAGAAAGUGUGAAUGGUGCACGCCCUGGGUACACGCCCUGGUUGCCCGCGGAUGUGCAAGAUGCAUCGAAACAAGGAGAAGAGACUUAUGAAAACUUGGUGAAACUAAGUAUCUUGGUAGCAACAGCGGCUGAGAAGGAAAUUCUGGAAAGCAUAGGGAUGGGCAAGGAAACUCGUACAGCUCAGGUUGAAGGUCCCACCAUUCCUGCUAUUGGAGGAGGAUCCAAUAAUGCCAAAUCUGGACAGACUGAUGCAUAUUCGGUGGAGGCUCCUGGAGUUGAGCCUUUAAAAGCGAUGGAAGGUCGGCUUAUGAAUGCAAUCUCGGAUGGUACGAAGGAAGUUAACAAAAAAGUCAAGUCAUUGUCUGACCGGCUAACUCUUGUAGAAAACGAAGUGAAAAGUCUUAGGGUAAGUGUUUCCGGAAUGAGGGAACUGUCGUCGGAAGGGGAAAGUGAUAAUCCGUUCGACCAAGAUGGUAGUGAUAAUCCGUCGGAGGAAGAUGGUAGUGAUACUCCGUCGGAGGAAGAUGGUGGUGAUACAUUAUCGGAGGCACAUAAAGAUGGUGGUUCUAAGGAUGAUAGUGUUCUUGCUAUUGCAAACCAAGUGCAGAGUGAACAUGGUAAUGGUGAUGACGACAUGUACUGCAGAGAUGUCUGCAGCGGCUGA